UUUAUACUAUUGUAAAUUGAGAAUUGCAUUCAAAAGUUUUGAAGAAAAAUUAAUUUUUUUCUUAGGAUUUAGUUCAAACACCUUUUGACAGUAAUCGAAAGCUCCUAAACAUUGUCGCUUAUCAAUAUUUAUUUUUCGGUUUGGAUGGAUUUUCUAAAAAGAAACCGAAUUAAUUAAGUUAUUUUUUCUUUAUGUCGGAUUUUGUCGGUUCUCAAACCAGCCCUACUCACAGGUAAAAAUGGCGGCAUCGUUGAGAUGGGUAUUGCAGCUACACAAGGACGUACCAAAAGCAGCAAGAUUCUACUCAGAGGGCUUAGAUUUCACCAUUAAUGUCUGUACUCAUAGAUGGGCCGAGCUCCAAUCUGGGCCCCUCAAACUUGCUCUCAUGCAUUCACCCAGUGACGUUGUUGUGCAGAAGGGAUACUCAUCCCUCCUGUCCUUUACAGUUGCUGAUAUAAAUAACUCAGUUUCUAAGCUAUUGGCUUUAGGUGCUGAGUUGGAUGGCCCCAUCAAAUAUGAAAUCCAUGGAAAGGUUGCUGCAUUGAGGUGUGUGGAUGGGCAUAUGUUGGGUCUUUAUGAGCCGUCCUAAGACUUUCUUUGAGAACCACUUGAAGGUAAAUAGAAUCGCGACUUCUGUUACAAGGCAAAAUGGACAAAUUUUGCAGUUGGGUAUUGUUGAAAGAGAGAUUUCAGUCUUGUUUCAUGGAAGUGAAGCACUUCACAACAAGAGAGAGGAGAGUCAUUAAUUGUUUACAGCAAGAGACAAGCCAUUACACUAGUUGAAUUCUUCUGUAUUUGUUUUGAUGAUCCAUUCUGGUUAAUUAAACUAAAUACUCCUGUAUUCGAACAUUCCGAAUCAUUGUGAAGUAUAGAAUGAAAUCUCUAUGAAAAGGAUGUAAAAAAUAAGGACUGAAUGCUGAACCAGUUUCCACCAUUUAUUAUUAUUAUUAUUAUUUCUUA